GUGCGAAAAUGGCCGGCGUCGGCUAGCCGACGCCAGGCGCCGCAAUUAGGUGCCGUUCACGUUUAGAGUGUUUUAUUACAAUUUUUUAAAUGUAAAGUUACAAUUCGACCAUAUCAAUUGUGAUAAAGAGAAAUAUUAGCUUAUGACGUAAUUAAUAAAUUGUAUAAUUAUGAGAAAACAACAACCAUCGCAACUGCAAAUCGAUCAUAGUGAUGAUGACUGUGCGUCCGCGUCUCAAAUUUUGGAAAGAGUGCAAUCUGAUAGAGUCGCCGUAACGAAACCGGAAGAAGAUCGCAGAAGACGAACGAUUAUCGUCGAGAAGAAAAACGGUUCUUACGGUUUUACGUUGCAAAGUUAUGGCAUUCACUUUAAAAAGGAGCAGGAGAUCGAAAUGAUUACUUACGUUGACUAUGUAGACUACGAUGGACCGGCGUACAGGGCCGGAAUGCGUGAGGGUGACGUGAUUUUGUCUAUAAAUGGUACCGAUAUGGAAAAGGCGGACCAUAAAACCUUAGUUAACUUUAUUAAAAACUGUGAUUCAAGAAUGAGAAUGGUUGUCCUAUUCGAAGACUGCGUUAGAAAGGUGGAGUUACACAUGAGAUAUAUCCAAUUGCAACGAAUUUUACAGAGUAAAGUAAAUGAGUUAGAGAAACUAUGUAUUCGUGAACGGCAAAUUUUGGAGGGCAAGUGGAAAACGCACAGCCUACCGGCAAGGAAGAAGGCGUCGCACCCGCCCAGCGAUCCGGUCGAUCCUGGAACUCCGACGCAAUCGACCUACGCCUACUGCCGGCCAACAGUAUCAACAGAAGAUGUUGCAAAAAUGCAACAGAAACAACACCCUCCGACCGUAAUGCUAGCUUACCAGUAUCUAGAUCGGCGUUAUAGUUAUGUGCUGCAACCCUCGACGACCAGUAGCGGCGAGUACCUGUUAACAUUUGAGCCCCCGCGAUAUCAAGAUCAUUUCAUUGUGAAAACUCCGUGCGAUAACCCCCAGCAACAAAGUAAGGGUAAUCAGACGAAUAAUGGAAGCGGUAAGUGUAGGAAGAGUGCCGAAACGUGCCACGGAUACGCCGGUCAUUUAUGCAACCCGUGCCUGCAAGCGAACAACAACGGCGAUAACACGAGCUUAGAGGCCUACGACUUAGCUAGUCCAUGUUGUAAUCCAAACUGUGUACCAAACACCAGAAGGCGCUCGAGAAAUCAAAAGGACGGCCGCAAAGCAGAAUCAAAGACUGGGGAAACACAGACUGAACCACAACUAAAACCUCGCCCACAUUCCCAGUCAUCCCAAACGCACAUUACCAAUCCUCCUCAACCGCAAACGAGGCGAUAUUUGCAAUUCGGAACUGGAAUUGUCAGCCAGUGCAGCCUGCAUUCGUGCACAUCAAGCGAAAUCAGCGCAGUCGCCCCGACCACUACCGGCGAAAGCACCGCCAGCUACACAACAUCGCUCAGCACCGACACCCUCUACUGGGACGGAUCGGGGGACGUCAGUUCAAGACACCAAACCAUCAAACCGAUAUACCAACACAGAUACCCGCCGGUAAACCCAGAAGGCGACACGAUCUACAUACAGUACAACUCCUCCAAACCGAAAUCGUGGGACAAUCUGGCAACAAAGGCAAUCGGCGGGUACGGAUUCGGUUACGGGUAUUUGGAUACAACGAAGUGCGGUUCUGGUAAAACCCAGAAUCGGUCGUAUAGCAGUAGCAAAUCGCCUCAAAUGAACAAUUCGCAGUACUUUAGAAUAUGUAGGGACGUGCACGCGGGCCCCUCCACUUACAACGCGUGCAACGUUCAGAAGAGGUUCAUCCAGCCUACCAAAUCCACCGAAAGUUUACUAUCUGUGCCGAAAUAUUCCGGCGAAGUUCUGUCCGACUCGUGCGAGUGUCUAGAUCCCGUUUCGCCUGGGCCCGAUACCGUCGAGGGGCGAUUCUUUCAAAGUCCCAGGCAAAGUGUGAUUAGUCCUACCGAUCCCAAUGUGGGAUAUUACAGUGCCAGGCGAACUUCUCGAGGUGAUAGCUCUCAAAGGAAUAUGUCAGUUCCGAGUUCCGAAGCAACUAGACUGUGAGUUUCCGUUUCAUUUGAGGCCUUAUAUUAAAUGAAAUUUUGUUUUGGUGGUUUUAUAAGAGCUUCUUUGAACUAGCAUUUUACGCAACAAGCUUUAAGGCCGAAUCUACGUGAUAAAAUCAUACUUCUAGAUCUAAUUGUAAAAUUGUUAUGUAUUGAAAAACAUUAACUUUGAUUAUUGAUGAAUAGCUCAUACAUUAAGUUUCUACAACUAAGUACCUAAGCAUUGUAGUAGCCAAGGUAUCCGGCUAGAAGCACCAUAAGAAGAAGAAUGAAUUUGUGUAAUUAUAAUACAUACCCAUACCUUUUAUUAAUCAGGCUGUGUUUGUAAAAUUAGGUGCCACGUAUUAUUACCUACCAUAUAUAGCAGCGCACAUUUAGUUUAAUGAGAGAAGUUGUUCGUUUAACCCACAAUCGCAUUUUUGUAAGUGUAGUAUUUAGUUGGUU